AUGCCCUUCCCAGAGACUCUGGAAGCCAAACCUCGGGUCAUAUUUUUCACCGACUUCGACGGCACAAUCACCCUCCAGGAUACCAAUGACUUCAUCACAGACAACUAUGGCAUGGGCUUCGACCAGCGGCGCGAGCUCUUCCGCGCAGUCAUCAACAAGACGGACACGUUCCGUAACACGUUCCAGCAGAUGGUGGAUUCCUGGAACUUGCCGUUCCCCCGCGUCCUGGGGAUCCUGAAAGAGAACAUCAGCUUGGACCCGGCAUUUAGAGACUUUGUGCUGUGGGCCCGCGACAUGAAAGUGCCUGUCAUCGUGUUGAGUAGCGGCAUGGCUCCCGUGCUGGAGGCCCUGUUGAACCACCUGUUGGGCGAAGACCUGAUGCAGGAUCUGGAGAUCGUGGCGAACGCGACGCAACUAAAACCCCCUGAAAAUUCGCUCGACAAGCCCGGUGGCUGGACGAUAAAGUACCGUGACGACUCGGGCUUUGGGCACGACAAGUCUCUCACCAUCCGCCCCUACGCGGACGCCAUUGCCAAAAUGCCUGCGCAAGAGCGGCCUACGCUUUUGUACGCGGGCGACGGCGUCUCUGACCUGAGUGCUGCAAGGGAGACGGAUCUCUUAUUUGCCAGGGAAGGAAUGGAUCUGGUGACGUACUGCGAGAACGAAGGGAUCCCGUUCACCGAAUUCAGCGGCUGGGACAGCAUUCUCGAAGAGACAAAGGACAUCUACGAGGGGAGGAAGACGGUCAAGAAUCUAGCCGAAGAGGGCUUGAGGCGACACCGGACCAAUUCUAUGGAGUCAAAUGCGAUGCCAAAGCCCACAAUCAGGUGA